UCUAAGGCAGGGUCAAUGUUGGAGAUAACUGCUGUGUGUGUUGUCAUUUCUUGUUAUCCGUCAUGAGUUUUCUUUUUGGAGGACGGUCCAGUAAGACAUUCAAGCCCAAGAAACACAUUCCUGAGGGUACCCACCAAUAUGAUCUGAUGAAACAUGCUGCUGCAACACUAGGUUCUGGCAAUCUCAGAUCUGCAGUCAUGCUUCCAGAAGGCGAGGAUCUCAAUGAAUGGAUUGCAGUGAACACAGUCGACUUCUUCAAUCAAAUUAACAUGCUUUAUGGAACUAUAACUGAAAUGUGCACUGAAGACUCGUGUCCUGUGAUGUCUGCAGGCCCAAAGUAUGAGUAUCACUGGGCUGACGGACAAACUGUCAAGAAACCCAUCAAAUGUUCUGCUCCGAAGUACAUUGAUUAUCUCAUGACUUGGGUACAAGAUCAGUUAGAUGAUGAGAUGUUGUUCCCGUCCAAAAUAGGUGUACCCUUCCCGAAGAAUUUUAUAAGCAACGCUAAGACAAUCCUAAAGCGUCUGUUCAGAGUUUACGCUCACAUAUACCACCAGCACUUCAGUGAAGUCGUGCAACUUGGGGAGGAGGCUCAUCUCAACACUUCCUUUAAGCAUUUCAUCUUCUUUUGACUGAAGGAGUUUAGUUUGAUAGAACGCAAGGAACUGGCGCCACUGCAGGAGCUUAUGGACAAACUCACCACCAAAGACCGCUGAGGGAACCACGUGCUGCAAACCACGACCGGGGGCCAUACUUUCAAAACUCGUUGAAAAUAUGAGUACCUACGUUCAAAUCAGUACCUCGUUGAAAGUACAUACGUUCAAAGUGAACGUAGGUACUUACGCUCUAUUUUCUUAUCUAUGAUUGGUGGUUUUUGU